CUACUUCUUUCUCAUGUAUUCUUCUACAGCCUAGACGACAGGGUCGUUGUCGGCUGACCAAAUUCUUGAAAUUGUUGGAGUAGCAGAAUCGAGUAGUUCCCCUUCUCCCUCACACAUCCAUAGAUACAAUGCAGAGAUGGCAAAAGAGAAAAACACAUUUCCCCCUUAUUGCUCUCCUCUUCUUUGUUUUCAUUGCUUUCUCAAUCCUUUAUAGUGAGUCUAACAUUCGAGGGAUUCACCAAGACCAGCCUCCCCGUGAUAGUAACGGUGACCAGCGACCAUCUGCCGUUCAAGCUGGUUUAUUGAACAAUUCUAGACCGGCCCAGGUCCUUCAAAUUUCAAAGAAACCUCCAGUCGGCAUAGAUAAAUUUACUACAUGCAGUUCCACGGUGAGGUAUAGUGGGAGGAGAGCUGUUUCGGCUCUUCACAGGCCGGGAUCGGACGAUCUUCAGGCUGAUUCGGCGGUGGAAGGGUGUGACUUAUUCUCCGGAAAAUGGGUUUUUGAUAACACGUCAUAUCCAUUGUAUAAUGGGUCUCGUUGUCCAUACAUGUCUGAUCAGUUGGCUUGCCAGAAGCACGGGAGGCCUGAUAUAGAGUAUCAGUUCUGGAGAUGGCAACCCCAUAACUGCAAUAUGAAGAGGUGGAACGCAAUUGAAAUGUGGGAGAAAUUGAGGGGGAAGAGAUUAAUGUUUGUAGGGGAUUCACUGAACAGAGGGCAAUGGAUAUCAAUGUUGUGUUUGUUGCAGUCUGCAAUUCCAGCAGAUAAGCAGUCCAUCACACCAAAUUCCGAACUUACAAUUUUUAGAGCAGAGAAUUACAAUGCCACUCUGGAGUUUCUAUGGGCACCUCUCCUCGUUGAGUCUAACUCCGAUGAUGCGGUUGAUCACCGAAUGAGUGAGAGAAUACUGCGUCCGGACUCAAUUCUUAGGCAUUCAUCACAAUGGGAGCAUGCCGAUAUACUGGUCUUUAAUUCGUUCUUAUGGUGGAGACAAGGGCCAGUUAAGCUGUUAUGGAGCGAUGAAGAAAACGGUGUUUGUGAAGAAAUUGGUGGGCUGGGUGGUAUGGAGUUGGCCAUGGAAUCCUGGGCGGAUUGGGUAGCCUCUAAAGUUGAUCCCUUGAAGAAGAAAGUUUUCUUUGUUACAAUGUCGCCUACACAUCAACUGAAAGAGGAGUGGGAGCCUGGAAGUGAAGGCAAUUGUUAUGAUGAGAAGCAGCCUAUACAUGAUGAAAGAUAUUGGGGAUCGGCUUCCGACUUACCCACGAUGCGGAUGGUGGAGAAAGUGUUGAGUAGGUUGGGGUCCAAGGUUUUUGUUCUCAACAUCACUCAGCUCUCUGAUUACAGAAAAGACGGCCAUCCCACCAUUUACCGCAAGUUCUGGGAGUCAUUUAGCCCUGAGAAAUUGGCAAAUCCUGCUAGCUAUUCUGAUUGCACGCACUGGUGUUUACCGGGGGUGCCCGACGUAUGGAAUGAGUUACUAUUCCAAUUUUUGUGAAAAGGGGUUCACUAGAUAAGGUCGUAUUGGACUCGUAAAUCGUGAUCUGUGGCUCUUAAUUCUAUGUACAUUUCAAACAAUCAAGUAAUGAAGAGAAUCAUGCUGCUUUUAACAAAUGAGCAAGUUGAUUAUGUGAUGAAAGACCAUUCUUGAAGUGGAUUGAGACGAAUUAUAGCUUUGUGGCUGAUAGAACUGUCUCUUGUACUUAUA